UUUUCUGGGGACCGGUAUUUCCCUUUAACUGACAAAGCACAGACCGCCAUUUGUAGAGAGAUUAUAAGAAACCCAAUAGUGUUACAUAAUGGACCACAAUCCCCGUCUAUCAGUAUCAGAGGUCCUGUAUGUUGGUCUGUGUCGUAAGAUAGGGACACCGACAGAAGUGGCCAUCAGAAGGGACGUGAUGGACAUGCAUGAGAUGAUAGAGAAACCUGUUUAUAAUCAUAGAGGAAUUGCUGUGAUGAAGAGUGGUAGUUAUAGAGAAGGAUUUAGGUUGAGAUCAUCUGACAUAGAUACAAUGUUCUGGCAUUAUAAUUAUAAAUUAAUAACUGACAUCUCCCAGUCUCGGUUUUAUAAUACAACAGAACAUGUUAUUUUGCUCAUGGAAGAUUCUGAUACACCGCCAGGAUUUGUCAGAUUAAGUCUCCUGACACCAACAAAACACGAAAUCACGAUAUCUUGUCUUGUUCUCUUUAAUGGUUCUGCUUAUAUAUCUAGUCGUCUGUGGAGAGAAAUGCAUUUUCAACUGCAAAAUAAGGUACAUAUAAAAAAGGAAAAUUUAAGACUACACGGUCCUUGUAGUAGUGGAUUCCAUGGGUCAAUUGAAUUCGACCUAGCUCAUUGUUUAGCCACUUUUCCUUGGCCUAAACUAUUAGGAAGUUGGGUUGACAGAUGUCAGAGACACACCUGGCCACCGGUACCUGUGUUAGAAAUAAUCCUUAAAAAUGAAUGUCACUGUGUGCCUAUUGGUAGUAAAGUUAAUGUGACUUCUAACGAAUUGGAAUGGAGAUUAUCAUUUUCUCAAGCCGAGCAACAACUAGUGUGUACCAUGAAUCAUACACAAUUUCUAUGUUACGGACUCCUGAAAAUAUUUCUGAAGGAAAUUAUCAAUUGUAGGGAGAAUGAAUUACUGUGUUCAUAUUACAUGAAGACCACAAUGUUCUGGAUGAUGCAAUCAGGACAAGUUACAUGGUGCCCGACGAAUUUACUAGAUUGCUUUUGGAAUUGUUUAAAAUAUCUUAUUCAUUGUGUUUACUGUGGAGUUUUUCCUAAUUUUUUCAUUCCACAGAACAACAUGUUUAGAAACAAAGUUGUUGGUGUUACACGUAAAUCUCUUUUACGACAACUUCAUCUUUAUUACAGAAUGGGCGUGUCCUGUCUACUGCUUAGUCCGACUCUCAGAUCAAUCCUAGAAUCAGCCCUCAGUAGCCCGUCCAUUGUGUUAUCCGCUGCUGAGGGAAAAUUCUUGAGUUUAGUAGAUUUAGAUAUUUGUGGAAUAAAUGAAUUAUGUAAUUUAAAUUUUCCUGCUCAAAAAAUAUGGCAAUUUUAUAUUUAUUUAAAAUCAAUUAACACACUAUCUCGAUUAUCACUCUCAUCAUACCAGUUAUUAACAUUACAGUACUGUACUGCUGAAUCUCUUGUUCAUUUAGCCUUCAUAAUGACAAACAGUGCAUCAUGUUACACACAUAAAAAUAUCUAUUACAUAGAUACAAUUAUAUGUGGUAUGUUGAAAAUGGCAGCAAUACUUGGUCCUGUGUCUGAUUUACUUUAUCUGGCAUUGUAUUACUAUAGAACAGAAAGAUAUGAUAAAACACUUCAUAUCACUUGUAUCACUAAAGAAAGACUAUCGCAGACCUGUAUUAUGUAUAAUGAAACUGUUGAUAGGCAGAAGUACAAUGAAGCUGUAGGUAAUUUGUCUUUGUCUAGAAGAAUGAAGAUAGCCUGGGUGAAUGAUGUGCGUUUAUUAAAAACUAUACCCUUUCUUGAAGAACUAUGUAUAGAACAGUUUGUGAGUCAACAUAAUGGAGAGACACUCUUAAUUGUAUCACCGUUUGUUGUGGUAGAGAUGCUCUCUGUGUUAUCUCACCAUAGACUGGGUAAUAGAACUCAGUGUUUACAGUCACUGACAGACCUACAGACACUGCUACUCUAUGAUGACGGGAGAUAUGCUCCUUUAUUCACCAGAGACCUAUCCUGGCAGAUACUAGGAAUCUGUCAACAUGCUGUGGGAGACUUACAAGGGGCUUUAGAGUCUUUUGAAGAGUCACUCAAACAGGAACCAUAUCACAAAAUAAAAGAAGCCACAGAUUUCAGAAUAGAAUGUGUUAAACAACAAAUACAAAGAAAUGUACACAUGUGAAAUAUGUUUUACAAUGUUCCUAUCGUAAUUUAAAGAGUUGUACGAGUAGAUCAGGAAUUGAAGCAUCACUUGUUUGAUAUAAUUGUAAAGGACACAGAUAAAACGUCACUGUAUGAUGAUAAUAUACCUUCAACUUAAAGUAGAGAUGAAUUUAAAUCUCUAUUAUAUGUUUAUAAUUUAUAUUUGAAUGCAUCUUCAAAAUAAAAUGCUGUAAAACUACAAAGGAAUUGUGUAUCCACAUCAACUGAACGUUUUCUCCAUUAUUUCUUCUAAUAACCUCUUCCAUUAAUCUUAACUUUGUAAUGAUGGAAACUCUUUAAAAAUUCUGGCAA